AUGGCUGACAGUGUCAGUAAUUACCAUUUCAGAUUAACAAAAUAUUUUAUUGAUCAAGCAAUUAAAAAAAUAGAGGAAUCAAAAAAGAAUUCAGCAGACACUGGAAGUUCUGAAAAGCCUAUUUUGGAGAAAUUGUUAGAAAUCGAUGUUGAAACAGCACGUGUCAUGGCUUCUGAUAUGCUGAUGGCAGGAAUUGAUACGGUUUGCAUCAAACACGCGGUCCUCGCUACAUUGUACCUCCUCGCAACAAAUCCAGCAAAACAGAAGAAGCUUAGAGAAGAAGUGCUGAGCAAGCAGACAAGGAAACCUUACCUCAGGGCGUGCAUCAAGGAAUCCAGAAGGAUGCUGCCUGUAGUCAUUGGGAAUGUGAGGCUGGUAGCCAAAGAAUACAAUCUGCUUGGAUACCAUAUUCCGAAAAACAGUCUAGUAUUAUUCGCGCACCAAUACAUGUCGAGCAUGAGCGAGCAUUAUCCGAAACCAGAUGAGUUCCUCCCAGAAAGAUGGCUUACGGGCAAGGACGACCCUAUACACCAUGGCAACACCCAUCCCUUUGUCACAGCCACUUUUGGAUUCGGAGUUAGAAUGUGCAUAGGUCGCCGCAUCGCUCAGUUAGAGAUGGAAACCGUCGUGUCCAAGGUUAUCGAAAACUUCCAGUUGGAGUGGACGAGCGACGAGCCGCUACAUAUGGCCCCGACUUCUCUCAACUAUAUUACAGAACCUUUUCAUUUCGUUUUCAAGGACCUGUAG